AUCAUGUGGGUCCGGUAUGGAUUCGCUCGUCCUCCCCCCGAUGCCCGAGACAAAUUCCACGGGCCAUAUAAACGCGUGAACUACUUCCCAUCCCCGCACAACUCACCAACUAUCCACAAUGUCGGGAGUCGACCUAGCCAAAGCCGUCGGGUACCAGCAAGAGGACAAGCCUGUUGCCUGGAACCAAAGGGACUUGCUGGUCUACGCAGUUGGUAUUGGCGCGAAGAAGGAUGACCUUUCUUUGGCGAACGAACUUGACAAGGCAUGGGCGCCGUUCCCGACGUACCCCGUCGUUCUUGGCUUCAAGGGCACGAGUCAGGACGUCGUCGACUUCCGGCAGCUCAUGGCGGGCGGGAAGUCAACGCCAGGCCUGCCGAAGCUGAACCCGGAUCGCGUGGUGCAUGCUUCACAAAGCAUUGAGAUCCUCAAGCCACUUCCGGCAGUGAGUGGGUCCGGAUGGAAGCUGAAGAGGCGUGUCACCGGCGUCACGGAGAACAGUGAGCAUUGGCAAUGGGAUCCCAGAUCCUUCAGCUCUGACGAUGCCGCAGAAACUGGCCUGCUCGUCGAGGAUGAGACUGUCCUCGUCGACGGGCAAGGGACACCCUACGCGAAGCUCUACUCUGCCGCGUUCAACCUUGGCGCACGGCCUACAGGCGCGAACUUCUCCAAGCGCAUCGCAGGCCCUCCGCAAGCGAAGCCCGUCCCGAAGGACAGGAAGCCCGACUGGGUCAUCCAAGACCAAACUACCCCCGAGCAAGCUAUACUCUACCGGCUCAGCGGCGACUACAACAUGAUGCACAUCGACCCGAAGAUCGGCCAGGCGUCCGGCUUCGGCGGGGUGAUUCUGCACGGCCUGGCGACGUACGGCUUCGCCGCGCGCGCCCUCGUGAGUGCAAUCGGCGGGAACGAUCCGAAGUCGCUGCGUUUCUUCGCGCUGCGCUUCACCGCGCCCGUCAAGCCGGGCGAUGCGCUCGAGACUGCGGUCUGGGAGGUGGGCCCUGGCCCCGAUGGGACGACGGAGGUGACUUUCAUCACGAAGGAUGUGACCACUGGGAAGGUUUGCCUCGGUGCUGGGGUUGCGUACAUCAAGAAGUUGGAGAAGGGGAAGCUGUGAAAGUUGGUCAAUAUUGUUGUUCGCUGUACCUGUUAUUGGAGUAUUCCUAUAAUGGUGUGUUUUGACUGA